CCGCCGCCUCUCCGAGAGGCCGCCAUGGAGAGGGCUCCUCGCGGGAAAAACCAGCCGCCUCGCAGGCAAGCCGCGGAGGCGCUCGGCUCGGAAGGAAGCAGCGGCGGCAGCAGCAAGAAAGCCAAGUUCUUCGUCUGAGCUUACACUGAAUAGCAGCCACCUAAAGUAGCAACAUAAAAACAACGAAAAAGCCCUUGCACCUCAAGAUUUUGACAGAUGAUGUGUUUGAUAAGUUUUCCAGCAUACGGAUUCCAGGCAGCAAAAAAGACAGACCGGCUCUCCCGUCUUGGAAACAGGGGCAUUGCUCAUCAAGUGAAUGUACCACCCCUGCAGAGAUGGAGGACUUCUUGCCUGCUCAUUUAUCUGAUCAAGAGAUCCUUGCGCUCUUUGAAAAAAUGAUGGAAGACAUGAAUUUAAAUGAGGAUCGAAAAGUUCCGUUAAGAGAAAAAGACUUGCGCAUCAAGAAGGAGAUGGUGUUGCAGUACACUAGUGCUGCUUUGAGGCAGGGAAGCCUCAAGAGUAGAAGGCAGAUUUUCCCUCAGGAAUUCAUCGAUGAAUUAAAAUCUGGAACAAUGGAUGAAAAACUUGUCAGCUGCCUCGAAUCGCUUCGGGUUUCCUUGACUAGUAACCCUGUCAGCUGGGUUGAGAACUUUGGACAGGAAGGGCUCGGAUUAUUAUUGGACAUCUUGGAAAAACUGGUGGAAAGCAAGCAACAGGACAAACUUCUCAAGAAGAUACAGCAUAAGAUCAUUCAGUGCUUAAAAGCUUUCAUGAACAACAAGUACGGCUUGGAGAGAAUAAUGAACGAAGAAAGGAGUUUUUCGUUACUGGCCAAAACAAUCGAUCCCAAACAAAUCAACAUGAUGACUGAUGCAGUUAAACUUCUCUCUGCAAUAUGCAUUAUUGGUGACGAAAACAUUCUGGAAAAGAUUUUGAAAGCCUUGACUACAGCCGCACAAGACAGAGGUAUUGACCGAUUUGGCCCCAUUCUGAAGGGUCUUGAGGAGAAUUCAGUCCAUCUGCAAAUAGCCUGUAUGCAGUUCAUCAAUGCUCUGGUUACAACUCCUGAUGAUUUGGACUUCAGACUCCACAUUCGGAAUGAAUUUAUGCGUUGCGGAUUAAAAGAGCGACUGCCGCUGCUGAGAUGCAUAAGGAAUGAAGCUUUGGAUAUCCAGCUGAAAGUAUUCAGUGAACACAAAGAAGAAGAUAUGAUUGAAUUUUCCCACCGUUUAGAUGAUAUCAGAUCAGAGUUUGAUGAUGCAAAUGACGUUUUUAAUUUAGUGUGGAAUAGCGUUAAGGACACGAGUGCGGAAAACUGCUUCCUUUCUAUCCUGCAGCACCUCUUGCUGAUACGAAAUGAUAAUUUUAUACGACCUCUGUAUUUCAAGUUAAUCGAAGAGUGCGUUUCACAGGUGGUCUUACAUCGAAGUGGUCUGGACCCAGAUUUUAGUUAUCGAAAAAGGCUGGAUGUAAAUUUCAGUCACAUAUUGGAUAUCUGUAUCGAACAGAAGAAAAUGGAAGAACUUGAAGGAAAAGCUUCAGAAUUCUUGAAAAAGUUUGAAAAAGAGUUCGUGGCUCACCAAGAGACAAAGGCGCAGCUUCAGAAGACCGAAGAAAAGCUUGGCCUCCUUGAUGGAGGGAGAAAACCUUACAAAAACGAGAAUGGCUCAACCAACAGUUGUCCUCUGACAUCUGUUGAAGCACCCACAGAUGUGGUCCCAUCACCAGGAGCUUCCAGUGGAACUAUUCCUCCUCCACCUCCUCCACCCCCACUACCACCUGCCUUUGGCGUUCCUCCACCCCCACCUCCACUACUUGGACUACCUGGAGGUCAGCGCUCUCUUCCUCCUCCUCAAUUGCUGCCUUUCGGAUUGAAACCUAAAAAAGAAUUUAAGCCUGAAGUCACCAUGAAAAGAAUCAACUGGUCCAAGAUAAGCCCCCAGGAAAUGACUGAAAACUGUUUCUGGGUAAUGGCCAAUGAUGGAAAAUACGAAAGUACCGAUUUGUUAUGCAAGCUGGAACUUACCUUUUGUUGUCAGAAAAACGUGAAAAGAGACGAAGGCUUUGACGAGAGGAAACCUAUUAAACGAAUCAAAGAACUGAAAGUCCUGGAUCCAAAGAUCGCGCAAAACCUUUCUAUUUUCUUAGGGUCGUUUCGAGUGCCUUACGAAGAAAUAAAAAUAAUGAUUCUGGAAAUAGAUGAAACCCAGCUGUCAGAAUCCAUGAUCCAGAAUUUAAUAAAACAUCUUCCUGACCAAAAACAACUCAAUGAAUUAUCCAAGUUGAAGAACGAAUAUAAGAAUUUGUCUGACCCGGAGCAGUUCGCUAUCGUGAUGAGCAGCGUAACGCGACUGAGGCCACGGUUGGGUGCUAUUCUUUUUAAGCUUCAGUUUGAGGAGCAAGUGAAUAACACCAAGCCUGAAAUCAUGGCUGUCAGCACAGCCUGUGAAGAGAUAAAGCAGAGCAGGGGCUUCAGCCAGCUUCUCGAACUCGUCCUGUUAAUGGGGAACUACAUGAACGCUGGAUCGCGAAAUGCCCAGACAUUUGGAUUCAACCUCUGCUCCUUAUGUAAAUUAAAGGAUACCAAAUCAGCUGAUCAGACGACAACACUGCUUCACUUUCUGGUUGAAAUCUGUGAAGAAAAAUACCCUAAUGUUUUGAGCUUUCUUGAAGACUUGCAGCACUUAGACAAAGCAAGCAGAGUUUCAGCGGAGAGCUUGGAAAAGAGCCUAAAACAAAUGGAAGGACAGAUCAAACAACUUGAGAGUGAUUUGAAGACCUUUCCUCAACCCGAAGAUGUCCACGACAAAUUUGUGACAAAAAUGUCCAGCUUUCUUGUCCAAGCAAAAGAACAGUUCAAGCAACUUUCUACAAUACACAAAAGCAUGGAAAACCUGUACCGGGAUGUCAUGGAAUAUUAUGCCAUCGAUUUAAAGAAAAUUUCAGUAGAAGAAUUCCUUACCGACUUGAGCAACUUCAAAACAAUGUUCCUGCAAGCAGCAAAGGAUAAUAUGAGAAGGAAAGAAAUGGAAGAAAAGCAGAGACGGGCCAGAAUAGCUCAAGAAAAAGCCGAAAAAGAAAAACGAGAAAAACAACAGAAGAAAAAGCACCUGCUGGAUAUUAAAACAGAAAAGGAUGAGACAGGAGUGAUGGAUAGUUUGCUGGAGGCUCUGCAGUCAGGGGCAGCUUUCCGCAAUCGAAGAAAGCAAGCACCCAGGUUUAAAGUUGAACCCCAGGAUUUCAGCUCUACUUCUACGGCACCUGUUUUGAAACCUUGUAAUCACGAAAACCAGAAGGCACCGACAGGAGAAAAGCUACAUCCCCACCACAGUAUGCAUGGAACCUCGGUAAGGAACCCCACCUGCAAGGACAGUCAUCGUAAAAACGAAGCUAAUCCAUCGGUAGAAAAGAGAAACAGUGUCGGAAAAAGGAAAGUCACACCUGGAGGAGCCCAGAGAAGGGACGAAAUAGAACUUGGUGGUGCUAAAGGAGACGUGAUUCCUGAAGUGGAAGCUUUGCUCGCAAGAUUACGAGCACUGUAAACCUUUUAACCAGUUGCCCAAAAGUUUGGACUCAUUUAGACGUUCAAGAAAAUACUUGCUUAUAUUAUUCAUAAGACUGUACCAGUUGAGAAUGAGGCUUCACAUCAUAAAUACCUGCAAGUCACUAUUAACAUAUUCCUAACGUUCAAGGGAGAAGAAUUCCUUAUUUAAAACUCCCAGUCUCCACUGUUUUUCUGACAUGACACCACUUAUUGGUAAAAUAUAUAUAUUUAAAAAUCUUUUUAAUUGCUAUCACAAAUAAUGUUUUAAGGACAUUUACAUAUUUUAAAGUGUGUGUGUGUGUGUGUGUGUAUGUAUAUGUAUGUGCACACACACACACACACACACACACACACAUUUUGCAUGCGGCCGCAUAUUUGUCAUUGCAUUUUGAAGCGCACAUUCAUAAAUACUUUGGAUCCGAAUUAAAAUUGUAUUACUAUAAUAUAUGGGCUCAAUAUUUUGCAACUGGUUGGGAGGCAAUUAAAACAAUGGAAACAGAUUUUUUUUUCCCCAUUCCUCACCUUUUAUUAACUGACGUGCCUUUUCACAUAAACUAGUGGUUGAAUGUUAAAAAAAUGCAAAUCAAGCUCUGCAUGUUUACAGUUUUUGUUACUAGCUCUCUGGAAUGUGCAAUACAAUAUAUAUCUUAUUAUAAAGCUUUAUAAAUGUUUUGGAGUGUUUGGUGGAUGGCUGCAUGGACUAUUGGUUAUAUGCAUAUAUAAAAUGUAUUGUUAUUUCUAUAAUAAAUCUGAAAUGUAUACUCAACAUAUAGCUGCUAUUCAAAUUGAAGCAUAAAAUGGACUUGCUCAGAGCACAGUUGUAAGAACCAAAGCAAUUUUGUUGGCUGUUUUCACAUAGCCAACCUUUAAUUUACCAUUUUUGGAUUCAGGAAAACCCACGCACCUUUGCUUUGUGAAAAGUUUAGGUUGGAUUUAUCCACAAACUUUUUACCUUAUGAAUUAUUAUUGGAAUAAUUCAUGCUGAUUUAGAAUGACAUAUUGCAGGCAAACUCUGCCUAUUGCCAGCAGUUUGAUCCUGACCGGCUCAAGGUUGACUCAGCCUUCCGUUCUUCCAAGAUUGGUAAAAUGAGAACCCAGAUUGUUGGGGGCAAGAGGCCGACUCUAUAAACAGCACUGAGAGUGUCAUAAAGCACUAUGAACUGGUAUAUAAGUCUAAGGGCUAUUGCUAUACUUUCUAAUUCAUUUAUUCAUUGCUUCACCCUAUAGAUAUGGCUAAUCAUAUUGUAAAGCUUCACUAUGCUGCAGAUUAUUUGGUGACUCUACUGUUUGGUGAAGAAAAGAGUAAUCUUCAAAAUAUUGUAUUGACGGCACUAUUGAGGGUUUUUUUUUCUUUGCCCUAUUUAUUUCUAAACAAA